AAUCACCGUUCACUUUGCUGCAGUCGACGAGUUUUCAAAUUGGACGCGCCUUUAUCUCUCAUUUAAACGGUUUGUUUUUUAGUUUACAGUUCACUAUUUGGAGGAUUUUGUCAGUAAAUUAUAACCAUGGACGAAGUCUUUAAAAAUCAGCUGCAGAAAAAUGGUGCACGUUUCCAACGAUCUCUAGACAGAAUCGCUGAAAAGUAUUCCAAGAUUCAACAAUAUGGAGACGAUGCAAUAGAAGUGGACCUGGACAAUACCCAUAUAGAAACGUUACAGCGUUAUAUGACACUGUCAAAGAAGAAUGUCAACAAACUUUCUAAGGGAUUUGCUGAUUUAAAAGAGGAAUCGUUAUCAUUGAACGACAUCACCAAAGAAUCACAGGUGAAUUACCCAUGUGAAGAGCGAACUGACUGCUUUGAAACCACCACCUUCUCAGAAAAUAAUGACACAGAAACUGUACCUAGAAGUCAUACUGUAAACACAAUGGAUGAAAAUUGGAGAAACUACACAGUCCAACCAGAAGAUGAAGAGGAACAACUGGAAAUGUCUUUCCAGAGUCAGGGCAGCUCUUUGGGAGAGCUCUACCCGGACAUGAUCAGUCAGAUCGGGAAUGCCUGGCGACGACAACAUGUCUCUGAAGCGGCUGAUUCAGUACUGAGGAGGUACCGUAAAUGGCGUAAAUCAAACAGGAUGCAACUCACCAACUCUUACCACACUGCACAAAAACCAGACAUUCACAAAGGGACAAGACAAAGAGACAUUUUCAACAAGCAGCACUAUAAUCCCAAAAGCCCAGUAAAAAGCCUUUCCUCUACAAUGAUUAAAGCUGGUUCAAUGUCUCCUGUUAAAAUGUUAACUAGUGGUCAGAAAUCACCGCACUAUUACUCUCCUAUGAAAAGAAGAGAAGCACCUCCCACUGCAAUCGUGAUGGACAUGUCUGCUCUCAGUGAACCAUGUGAGAUGGAGAUUAACAAAACAUUUACUGUGUAUGAACCAACUUCAAGCUACUCAUCUUACACCUCCAGUCCCUCAAGAUCUUUCUAUCCCCCAAAUAGGCCAUCCCAGGAUCUCAUCUUUAGGAUGAAGGAGUCUUGUAUGUCUCCACGCUGCAUGCAAUCUACUAACUGCUCUGGGUUUGCAGCCGAAAACUCACUGCUCAAAGAAAGGCAUGAAAUAUAUUCAUCUCCUGUCAGACAAAGCCCUUACAAAUCCAAUUCAGCAUGCAGGAACAGCUUCAGUGAACAAAUUGACAUCUAUGGCUCCCCUGUGAGAAAAAGUCCUUUCAGAUUACACACAAGCAGGGAAAGUCUUCGGCAAUCACCUUAUGCUGCAAUCUCUAAAUCACCAUAUAUGAAGCAAAGUAUCUCCAAAGAGAGAAGUGGAUUUAAUUCAGCUUCUAACUUUGUCCCAUCUGUUUCACCAAAGAUUAUGGUACCCAGGAGGACUCUUGAAUAUUCAGAUUUGCAGCUCUCCCCUCAGCUGGGUUCACCUCAAAUGGGUAAUUCAAGAAGACACCAUAGACUUCGCCGCCAUCUUUCUUUUGAUUCCUCCUCUCUGACAUCGAGCCGUGCUUCCUAUACUACAAAGGACUUUGACAACGACUUCAUAAAACUGUACCACAAACUUGUCUGUCUGAAUAAAUCUUCGCACAUACAAGGCCAUCCCUGCCGAUUUUGUGCCAAAAACUCUGAAGCCAGCAGGGGGCACUCUUUUUCCAAUUUGGCAGCGCUUGCUUUGUCACCACAUCGUCCACUUCUGAGAAAACGCCAUCGAGAUUUGGACAUUUAUCCCCAGUCCAAGCGCUUCAAGGAUGGCCACUUCACAAAAUAUCUGUAAAUAUGUUUUACCCGAUUUUACCGCAUCUAGUGUUUUUUAUCUGCAUAAAUGUUAACUGUGAGGAAGCAAAUAUUCCAAUUAUAUUAUUGUUCGAAGAGGUUGAUUACAAACAUUGAAAAAAAAAUGUUAAUCCAUUAUGUUUAUGGAAAGGUUUUACUAAAACUCAAAUGAUCUAACCCUUUUGACUUGUUUAUCAAAAAAGUUUUUAUUAAUAAAAUCUACAAAUG